UUCCGAGGGCUUCCUCGGUUUAAAAAGGCGGGAACAGUGCCAUCUUGCGAAAAAUAAACAGAAUUGAAACUGUUAACUGUAUUUAAAAAUACUAAAAAAUCAGUACUGUGGAAUGUACAUGGAGGAAGAUUGAAUCACCUGACAUAUUUAAAGCUGUUUAAAUGUGGUAACAUGGCGAGCUCAAGUCAAAUGAUGAUUUCGGGAAUUAGUGCUGAACUUUUAACAGACUUUCUCGUCGAUCUCAGUGAAAAAAACAAAGAUAAUCUCCAAAAUGCGCCAAAAUGGGCCGGGGUUUUCAGGGAAAGAGCAGUCAUCGAACCCAUUCUGCAGAUGACUAAAAAUCUGGGACUGAAUCCAGAGGCUGGAUACCACGCAAUCGAAAUACUGCGAAGCUCUCCUCCCUCCAGGUUUAUGUGCAAUCGAAUCACAAACUUGUUAAUCCAAGACCAAGAUCCAACCAUUCCUGAGCAAAGUUUAGACCAGAUGAUUGUGAUAAUCCUCGAUGAGCAUUUCCCUCUCGCUGUUGUUGCCUGUGUGCAAAUUGCGUGCAAACUCUGGUCGCAUUUCAAGUUAGUCGACUUGAAUACUGCCGUGAGUUAUUUGCACUCAGUCGGUCACACAGUCACAAAGCAGGCGGUCCUUGAUUUAGAGCUGAUGGUUCUGAAAGAGCUGGAUUUCAGACUGCAAAUCCCCACCCCUGUGACGUAUGUUGAUGCACUCCUGGAAGCGCUUGGCUACAAUUUACCAGCCUUUCCAGCUGAUCAGCUGCGUCAGCUAUGCUGCGAUGUUCUGCUGUGCUUCACCUACCAGAGGACCAAAAUCUACGAGACCCUCUUGAUGGUUAUGGCUGAAUGUCCCACUCCAAGUGACUCGCAAAGAGAGACGUUUAUGGAGGUGUCUGAAGACUCCAUGCUGCUGGCAGUUGGCGUCAUCGCUGUUGGUGCUUACAUCCACGAUGUUGGCACCUGGGAAAAGGUUGUUGGCGAGCUCAGGCACAUCACUGGGAUCUCUCGGAUCAGCAUCUUUAAGUUCUCCCAUGUGAUUCUGAUGCACGCUCUUGCUGAUUAUCCAAAUGCAACUUAACUCCCAAAUAUGUAUCUUACAUGAGCAGUUCAGGUUUCUCGUUCUUAUUGUUCGUGUUAAAAGUGCUCUCUACACUCGACACACUUAGCUACACUACACUUUAAGACUAAGUGUGUAGACUUGGGGGUUGCUGUGCUCAGUGCUGUAUUUCUAUGUCUGCAAACAUACAGUAUAUGCAGCACAAGCGAACCAUUCAUGGCCAGAUUAUCGGUACUCUAUGGUUCCAUAACCCCAACCAAACUGUGAGAUGAAUACAGGAAUUAAAUUACUA